AAUCAUUUCACACAAGUGACAAGUCGCCAAUCGCCAUUAAAAGUGGAGUGUAAACUCAUUUCUUUCAUGUGUAAUGUUAAAUAAAAGAAGAUAUUGUAUAUAUGUAUAUUGUCGAAUUCAGUGUUAUUAAGUAUUCAAUAAUACAUAAACAAUGGCCCGCGGAGAAAGAGGUGUCGCUAGAGUUUUAGAAAAACUCGAAGCAUCCGUAAAUGCGGGUCAAUACUAUGAAGCACAUCAAAUGUACAGAACUCUAUAUUUUAGGUACUUAAAUCAAAAGAAGUACGGUGAUUUGCUACAAUUGUUGCACAGUGGUGCAAACAUAUUGUUAGAAUGUGAUCAACAAGGUAGUGGUACAGAUUUGGCGAUACUUCUUUUAGAUGUACUCACGAAAUCUCACAUAAAACCAUGUGAAGAAUGGAUUAAAAAAAUUGCUCAACUCUUUGCUAAGAUGAAAUCAAAUGUGGUGGAGAGGGAAACCUUUUUAAUUAAUGCAGUAAAGUGGUCAAUGGAUAAAAAUAAGAGAGGCCAUCCUUUACUCCACAGGAGUAUUGCAGAAGUGUACUGGCAAGAAAAGAAGUUAUCAACUGCUUAUAGGCAUUUUUUACAUUCAAAUGAUGGUGUUGCUUUUGCUACCAAAUUGAUAGAAUUACAUACUACCAAAGGAUUUAAGUCAGAAAUUGCUAUGUUUAUAGCUCAGGCAGUGUUGCAAAUUCUUUGUUUGAAAAAUAAGGAAAUGGCCCAUGAGGCUUUCAAGACAUAUACAAGAUGUCAUCCAAAUUUGCAUGAAAGUGCCCCACCAUUUCCAUAUCCACUACUAAAUUUUUUAUACUUGCUUCUUAAAGUUAUUGAUCAUGGAGAUGCUAUGAAAUUUUUAAUGCUACGUAAAAGUUAUUAUAAAUUUCUAAAGCGUGACCCUCGCUUCUUUGGGUAUUUGGACAAUAUUGGCCGUGUCUGGUUUGGAAUUUCUGCCCCAGAGAACCGUAGGAACCCUAACUCGAUGUUAAGUGACGUUAUAAAGUCAAUGCUUGGCGAGAUUGACAGCUCAGAUGAAGAUGGCAGCAAGUUGGCAAACAAACCCCAAGUCCCUGACUUAGAUUAAACUUUGAUUUAUGAUAGUCUGUUUUUAUGAAUAUAGUUAUUAUGGUGAAAAUUUGUUUACCCAUCAAAAUUUGAUUUAAAAUAAUUGAAAUAAUAAUAAAGCAAGCAACUACA